AUGAUCUGUCAGAUAUUUUAAAAUACUUUUAGGAACACAAAUACAACUCUGUAAAUUAAUUGUGAAAAACAGUAUGGAGAAAGCAUAGAAAGAAACAACAAAAAAAAAGAAACUAUUGCCCUGUCACCACGAUUUUUCUUUUGUGCUAAAAUUUCUGAUGCAAUACACGAUUUUAAUUAAACUCACAUUUUCGGAAUAAGUUUAAAUUGAAUUGAUUCAUUAAUAUAAAAAACUGAAAGAUGGAAGCAGAAGACGGUUUUGAUCCAACACUGCUUAAAAUGAAAAAGAAAAAGAAGAAGACCUUUGAUUUGGAUGCAGCUUUAGGUCUCGAUGAAGGUAAUAAGAAGGAAGAAUCCAAAGAUGAACAAACAGCUGAUGCUGGCAAUGAAUUUGAUGACAACCUAGAUUUAGAAAGUUUUGGUAAAAAAAAGAAAAAGAAGAAGAAGCCUUUCAACUUAGACGAGUUAGAAGGUGCAUUGCCUUCUAAAGAAGGUGCCGAUGAAGGUAAUAUUAUAAUGGAAGAACCGGAUGACGACAUCAACUUGGACAUGGACUUCUCAAUGGCGAAAAAGAAGAAGAAAAGUAAAAAGAAGGACCUUGACGAACUAUUUGCUGACAAAUUAGAUGAGGAGAAAUCAGACGACAAAGAAAACGUUGAAGAUAAUAGUUCAACUUGGGCUGGAUCUGAUCGCGAUUACACAUAUGACGAAUUGCUUAAACGUGUUUUUGACAUAAUUCUAGAUAAAAAUCCCGACAUGGCGGCUGGCCGUAAACCAAAAUUCGUUAUGCGUCCUCCACAAGUUUUGCGUGUCGGUACAAAAAAGACUUCAUUUGCAAAUUUCAUGGAUAUUGCUAAAACUCUUCAUCGCCUGCCCAAACAUUUGUUAGACUUUUUACUAGCUGAAUUAGGUACUAGCGGCUCAAUGGACGGUAAUCAACAGCUUAUUAUUAAAGGUCGCUUCCAGCCUAAACAGAUUGAGAAUGUGCUGCGUCGUUACAUCAAAGAAUAUGUGACUUGUCAUACAUGCCGUUCACCUGAAACAAUAUUACAGAAGGACACCCGCCUUUUCUUCCUGCAAUGCGAGUCAUGCGGCUCACGUUGUUCGGUGGCCAGCAUAAAGUCUGGUUUUCAAGCUGUCACUGGCAAACGUGCUGCAAUCAGAGCGAAAACAACAUAGAUUACGCAGUUUUAGUAGUUCCAAUGUAGUGUUUGUAUUUUUAAUUUUUUUUUUUUUGAAUAAUUGGCAGAAAAUUUUAUUUGAAAAUUACAUUGCAAAAAUUC